CUGAACGCAACACAAACAUGACGCACUUUGGUCCCCUUAGCAACCGAGUAAAGCGGAGACUGCUGUGGCCAUGAAGAAAGUUUGUUUUCUGCACUGAGUCUGUCCAAAUUACAGUUAGCUAACAGCCAUGUCCAGCAGUGUGAAGCCAAAGCCUGGACGCUAUGGGAGCGACAUCCAUAGGCUGCUGCUGGCUGCUGAAGCUGGGCAGAAGGCUGAUAUCCUGGCCUACACCUCAGGUCAUCUGGGGCCUCGCAGCCUGAACCAGAGUCAGCCUCAAGGGGAGGCAAAGUCGUUUUUCUGGAGGAUGUCUCAACGCCAAGAAGAAACUCAAAACCCGCUAUCACUUCAGCAGAUACGGACGAAGACAAAAAAGAAUGAAAUGAAAGAGUCCCCCCCUGAGUUCACUUCUGGCACUCCUUUAGCAGAGUCUAGAGUCUUGGGGUCCACACAAGAUCAUACAUCACAUCCAGAAAGAAGAGAAGAUAUAAGUCUACCUCCGAUAGUUUAUUACCCCUCGGGGUCUUUGUCUGUCCAGCAGAAAGCUUGUUCUCAGAAAAAAAUUAAACCUCCAUCUGAGCUGGAGGGAAAUCAUCAGUCCAGUUCUAGUCAUUCUAACCAGAAAGGGCUGAGCAACGAAGCCCGGCAAGAGAAGAAACACAUUGGCUGGCAAGUCGUGGCCAAACAAGACCUCUGGCCUGGAAAAAAUGUUGCUGAAAUGCAUGAGAGGAAACUACAAGAGGAGUUGAUUAAGCUGUCUGCGCAGAGCUGGCCAAGCAGAGACCGCCUUGCGGUGUUCAGUGACGUCUUUGAUGAUGUAUGUGAAGGCUCGCCAGUGUUUGGACGCAUCCUGAGGGAAAUUAAGACAGAAUAUGAUUUGUAUGUCAACCACUUGAUGACUUUGCAGUCCUCACCACACAACAUGUUGCUGAAUACUUCACUCAAAGGUCAUGAGAAUCACAAAGUAAGUGAAACCGAGUUGGACGAUGCUGAAAAAGAGGUUUGCAGACUGGAGCGAGAGGCUAGAAGAGCUGUAGAGGAGAAGAAACGAGUCCAAAAUGAAUUACAGAACAUUUCAGCUAUCAUACAUCCAAAGGACAAUGACGAGAAAAAUACACCUCCGACUGUCUCCGCCGGCUGUACUGACACCAUCCAGUUCAGGAGGCUUCAGGUGCUGGAUGUGUGGAAGGAGAUCAAACAGUUGGAGGAAGAGCUAGAAGAGAAGUUGGUGUCCACUGUUACAACCACAGCCACUAAAGGAUACAUCAGAGGCCAAAAGACUGAAAUAAUGAAGCUGAUAGCCUCAAAUGAGCAUCUAAGGACCAUUAGCAAGGAUCUUGAAAACAACAUCAAUGCGGUGCUGAACAGAGAGAAGGCAAGCAAGGCCAUAAGACGGAUUUUAUGGGAUGAAAUACACCAUGAUCUACAAACAGAGUAAAUAGCUUCAUCAGCAGAAAAAAUAAAGAAAUUCCACGGGACAGUGUGUGCUCAAUAAAACAACUUGCAAGA